GAAACUCCUUCCCUUUUCUUCCUGUUUGUCAGUCAAAGAGCCUCUCUUAGUCGCCAGCCAAUGGAGUUCCAGGGCCUAAACCCGCAGGCUCUGUCUCACCAAGGCCUUUUGGCAGUAUGAUUGAUGUUUUAGUUUCUGCAGCAGGCAGAAUCCUAAAGCAAAAACAAAACAAAAAACCACGACUCCAGCUCUACCUUACUCACUUCCACCAUCCGCACGGCUUUGCCAGCAACUGAAGCGAGACUAAGCAACAUUUGUACCUCCGAUCUGAUAACGCGAUCAGACUGGGGGACCUCUAUUUUUUUCAUGCGAAGGGUUAAUCAAACCAUGGAUCAUAUAGGGGCCCAUCACAUCCACCAGUCGCAUGCAGAACCCAUCAGUUUUGGAAUCGAUCAAAUUCUGAACAGUUCGGAUCAAGGGAGUUGCAUGAUCUCCAACUCUGGGCUGCAAGAUUCGGACUAUGGAUUGGGAUGCGUUGUGAGCAGUGCCUACAAUACGAUGACUGGCAACUACAACACCAACAAUACUGUGGGAUACAACAACAGCGCCUGUAGCAUGGCAUCGCUGACUGGGGUUUACAAUGUCAACAUGGGCAUGAACAUGAACGGGAAUAACCUGAAUUCGGCAGGCGUGAUCCGCGUGCCAGCGCACAGACCCUUAGGUAGUAUUCACCAGACUAUGUCCACCGGUUUGCCAACCGUGCCAAGUAUGGGCAGCGUGAACGGGAUGAAUAAUCUUACGGGACUGACUUUUCCUUGGAUGGAAAGUAAUAGAAGAUACACGAAAGACAGAUUUACAGUGGCCCUCUCACCCUUCACUGUAACACGUCGUAUAGGUCACCCAUACCAGAAUCGGACCCCACCAAAGAAGAAAAAGCCAAGAACUUCCUUCACCAGGCUCCAGAUCUGUGAGUUGGAGAAGAGGUUUCAUCGGCAAAAGUACUUGGCUUCAGCGGAACGGGCAGCCCUGGCAAAGGCACUCAAAAUGACAGAUGCCCAGGUCAAAACAUGGUUCCAGAACAGAAGGACAAAAUGGAGGCGACAGACUGCAGAGGAGAGGGAAGCUGAGAGACAGCAGGCCAACAGGAUACUAAUGCAACUACAGCAAGAAGCGUUCCAGAAAACAUUGAGCCAGCCUGUGCAAGCGGAUCCCAUUUGCCUUCACAACACUUCCCUGUUCGCGCUCCAGAACCUGCAACCCUGGUCAGACGACACGGGUAAAAUUACCAGCGUCACGUCAGUAGCGUCCGCAUGCGAAUAGAAAGGACAAAGAAUGGAGUCUUUAUUAUGCGAGCAACAGAGACAAUUUGCGAGCAGCACUCCUAGAUGAAGAGAAGAAACAACAUGCAUUUUACAAUAUAUAUAUAUAUAUAAAAAGAAGUCUCAUAAGUUAUAUUAAUGAAAAGAAAUGUGGGCACAAAGUCAAUUUAAACAACACAAAGCAUACAAAUGGCAGACAUAGUCAAUUUAAUGAUAAAUGCUUUUUUAUAUGUAAAACACACAAUAAUUUUCCACGAAAAAUGUAGGCCGACCGUAGUUUUCAUAUUUAACUUUUUUUAGUGUGUUUUAUUUUGUAAAAUGCCCUUGCAUUGGACAAGAUAAGAAACAUUUCGGCUCUUCACAGCUAUUUUUUUGCGAAGAUUUUUGGAACGACGCUGUUUUUUAUGGUUAUUAUUCUUGUUUUCAUUACAUGGUACAUUAUCACACGUCGAUGAAAUACAGUGAUACACACGUUAUAAAGAUGAACAUGUAUUUUCUAGUUUACUAUACGACUUGAAAAUAAUACCGGAGGUAGGCUAUAACAUGUGCAGUAUUUUUUGUACAAAUCCAACUGAUGAAGGGAGCUGUGAUAUAGUCACGUUGAAAACCGCAAACUGAUGGAUGUAUUGAUCAAACCUUCAGGUUUAAUACGCUGGCUGUCUUUGAGACACUUGACUUUUUAUUCAGGGUAAUGUCAUUUCGUUCUAUUGACUUUUGUUUCGUUUUGAUUUCCAAGUAAUGUUUCUACUUUAUUUUUCAAGAUAAACCGUGUUAGGAUUGAAGAAAAUGUCCCAUUCUUGCAGUACCCCAAUAGUCUUUAUGAUUUCCCACAGACCUCGUGAAUAUUGUUUUCUUGUUGUGUAUCCAUAUUCAUUUCUCAUGAACAGAACCACGGAAGCACGCUACAAUGUUACCCACAGAGAUUUUUACAGUUUGUUAUUCAAUUGUACUCAUGUCUUAUUCAUAACUUCUUUAUAAACUCCCUUCAUUAGAAAUGCACUUACAUUUAUGUAUAUUAAGUUCUUGUGUACAUUUUUGUGUAAAAAAAUAAAUAAACAUGACAUUUAUUAAAUUCAA